CUUGUAUUUCAUCCUCUCCCAUUCUUUAGCUUUGUACAGACUACAGAGAACCCAUUUUGGAGGCUUCGAGGGAAGGAAGAGCUAAGAAAAAAUGCCGGGACUGGAAGGACCCUCGGAUUACUCGAAAGAACCACCUCGUCAUCCAUGUCUUCAAAUCAACGCUAAGGAACCCUUCAAUGCUGAGCCACCACGUUCACUCUUGGUUUCCUCUUAUGUGACUCCCGUGGAUUUGUUCUACAAGAGAAAUCAUGGUCCAAUCCCAAUAGUUGAUGACUUGGAAAGAUAUUGUUUUUCUAUAUCUGGGUUGAUAAAGAAUCCCAAGAAGCUGUUUAUGAAGGAUAUUUGGAUGCUUCCAAAGUAUAAUGUUACUGCCACUUUACAGUGUGCAGGUAACAGAAGGACUGCUAUGAGCAAAACCAGAAAAGUGAAGGGAGUGGGCUGGGAUGUUUCUGCUUUAGGAAAUGCUGUCUGGGGUGGAGCCAAGUUGGCUGAUGUUCUUGAACUCGUUGGAAUACCUUAUUUGACAAGUACCACUCAAUCAGGUGGAAAACAUGUUGAAUUUGUAAGCGUUGAUAAAUGUAAGGAAGAGAAUGGUGGCCCCUACAAGGCAUCUAUUCCACUUAGUCAGGCCACAAAUCCUGAUGCAGAUGUUUUACUUGCUUAUGAGAUGAAUGGAGAGACUCUUAACAGGGAUCAUGGGUAUCCAUUGCGUGUUGUUGUCCCUGGUAUUAUUGGUGCCCGUUCUGUUAAGUGGAUUGAUUCUAUUAAUAUAAUUGCAGAAGAAUGCCAGGGUUUCUUUAUGCAAAAAGACUAUAAAAUGUUUCCCCCUUCAGUGGAUUGGGAUAACAUUAAUUGGGCAAGCAGGAGACCACAAAUGGAUUUCCCUGUUCAGAGUGUAAUAUGCUCUUUAGAAGAUGUGAAUGCAAUUAAACCUGGAAAGGUAAAAAUUAGUGGAUAUGCGGUAUCAGGAGGUGGCCGUGGCAUUGAGAGAGUAGAUGUGUCUAUUGAUGGUGGCAAAACCUGGAUGGAAGCCUCCAGAUACCAGAAAACUGGCGUCCCAUACAUCGCGGAUGGUAUAAAGAGUGACAAGUGGGCAUGGGUGCUUUUUGAGGUCACCGUUGAUGUCAUGCAAAGCACUGAGAUUGUUGCAAAAGCAGUGGAUAUAGCAUCAAAUGUCCAACCUGAAAAGGUUGAAGACAUUUGGAACUUGAGAGGGAUAUUGAACACCUCAUGGCAUCGAGUUCAAGUUCGAGUUGGUCACUCAAAUAUGUAGACCAAUGUCGAAACAGUAUCAAAUAAGUAGUUGAAUGGCUCAACACCCUUUUCCUUAUUUAACUCCUAGUUAAAUUGACCCCCUUUGUUUUCCUUAAUCUCAUUUACAAAAACAAUAAUUUCAGCAUGUUGGAUACCAUUUAGUGGGAUUUUUUUUUUUUAUAAAUAUUCUGUGGUGUGCAAGUGGCAGUUCAAAACUCUCA